AUGCACAAAUGUCAUGAGUGCGAGAAAACUAUACGGAAAAAUCAAAAGGAAACUAACUGUACAUCAUGCCUCGAUCUGUUUCACGUAAAAUGUAUUGCAUCCACAACUGAUAUCAAAACUAUUAUAAGUAAUUAUAUUUGUUCCAGAUGCCUGUGGACUGAAUUGCCCUAUCAUUACAUACAGAACGAUAGUUUCUCACUAGAAGCGGGACAAUCCUCCUCUACCGAGAGCGAUACUUUAGACCUAAAUAAACAUCUCAUCAACCACAUGAUUUCUCUCACCACCAGACCAAAACACCUAAAACUAAUGCAUCUUAACACCCAAAGCAUGGUUUCUACAUUCGACGAGUUAGUUCUAACCAUGAAGCAAUAUCCUUUUGAUGUAAUCUGCAUGAGCGAGACUUGGUUAAAAGACAAUCCACUGUUACUUCAGCACGUAAACAUACCCGGGUAUAGUUCUGAAUUCAGAAAUCGUUAUUCAAUAAAAGGCGGGGGCGUCGCAGCAUACAUCAAUGAAUCGUUAAAGAAUCGUCGAAGGAGUGAUAUCGAGAAGAAAGAACCCAGCCUUGAACAUUUAUGGCUCGAGUUCCCCGGCAGAAAUAAACAUAGCAAACUACUUGUGGGGACAAUAUAUCGCUCAGAAAAAAUGCUAAAAUGUACGGAAUGGCUGGAACGUUUUGAAAACCUACUCGGGUAUCUUACGGCUAGCUGGGAUGGUCUUAUUUUGGUAACUGGUGACAUUAAUAUUGAUCUACUUGGACAUUCGAACUCUGUAACAACCCAAUACUUGGACAUGCUGUCAACUUUGAACCUCUAUCAGCACGUCCAAAAACCAACUAGAACAACAUAUAAAUCCUCAACACUUAUAGACCAUAUAAUCUCAAAUUCACCCACGCGCAUCUCACAUACUGAUGUCUUACCUUGCCCAUUGGUCAGUGACCAUGACGCUAUUUAUGCCUGCAUCAACAUCAAAGUCACAAGAUUUGAGACACGAUACAAGUAUAUACGAUGCGAAAAAAACUUUAAUGAUUUAAACUUCGUCGAAGACUUUAAAACGUUACCUUUCUCCGUAAUCUAUGGCGUUGCUGACCCUGAUGAAAAACUCGAUAUAUUAAAUUCUUUAAUUACAGAAUGUAUUGAAAGACAUGCGCCUCUAAGACGAACCAAGAUCACGAGACCCCCAGCACCAUGGCUUAAAGAUCCUACCAUCCAAGAUCUACAGGAGCAAAGAAACGUUCUCCAGUGCUCGAAGAAGUAA